GCGACUCGAGCCGCCGCCCUCCGGUCUUCUCUCACCCAAAAAUUACUUCCUCGCCCAGACAAAUCAGCCAUUCGGUAGGCUUUCAUCAUGUCGGUGAGCUUUGCCUCGAAGAGGCUUGCCAAAGAACUCAAUAAGCUGAACAAUGGUCUGCCGCCUGGCAUCGAGCUGAUCUCGGCGGACAAUUUUGAGGAGUGGUUCAUGGACAUAAGAGUACUGGACGACAACCCGAUAUACCGCGACCAGAUCUACAGACUCAAAUUCAAGUUCUCUCCUCAAUACCCAAUCGAACCUCCCGAGGUCACAUUUUCGAAGACCACCGACCGACCCAUCCCCCUACACCCUCACAUCUACUCGAACGGCAUCAUAUGCCUGGAUCUUCUGGGAUCUCAGGGCUGGAGCCCGGUGCAGAACGUCGAGACGAUCUGCAUGAGCCUGCAGAGCAUGCUCACGGGCAACUCAAAGGCUGAGCGACCGCCGGGCGACGAGGACUUUGUACGAAGCAACAGGCAGCGCCCACGAGACAUCGACUUUUACUAUCACGAUAACACAGUGUAGGUGCCGGAGAGCGUCACAAAGUUAAAGGUGAUACGGUUAGCCUCGAGUCAGAGCAGCAAACUGUGUUCUGAUGAGGUGGCGAGUAUUUGCAUGGAAUCACCCACAUGACGUGGAACCACUCGGUUGACCACCGAUGGCUGUGCGGUGAAAGUUAUUACUUAGGAGUUUGGGCUAGCGGGCAUUACUUUGAUUUAUUAGCUGGUACUGCUCCUUUGCGACAUGGAAGGUCGGCUAUCGUGGAGCACAGCAUGCAUCAACAGUGACGAGGAAUAGGCGACGGGCCGUCAGCGAACAGCCUUCCAUCAGGCUCAGCAGGGACGGCCUCUGCGAAAGCUUUGCUCAGCAAGCUCUAGAGUGUCAAAUGGAACCCCCCAAAAUGAUAUCACUGGACGCCUUGAAUCAGAAGCUAGUUUGCUGGCAAA